CGCUCCACAGCGAUCUGUUUCGACAUCUUCGUUAAAUAUUCCCUUCAGCGCACCGGCUCAUCUAAUGCAGGCGGCGUUUGAAUAUCCUCCGGUUCCCAUGGUGCACAAAGUUGCCUCAUCCAAAUACCCGCUAAAUUAUGAACGAACAGACAAAAUAAAACUUAAAAAAGUUUUAGGCCUCACAGUAUGCAGCAAUGCAGCAUUGGAUUGUUCACCCAUCAGUGGCCUACUGGCCUAUCCAGCUGGGUGCACAAUUGUUUUAUUUAAUGCCAAAAGACAGACACAGGCCUAUUUGGUCAACACAUCCCGCAAAGCAUUCACAUCCGUGGCAUUCUCACGAUGUGGUCGCUAUGUGGCCACUGGAGAAUGCGGCAUGAAUCCGGCCAUAAAAGUAUGGGAACUUGAUGCACCCAAUGGUAAUUUGGAACAUUGUACCGGUGGCAAUGUUGUGGCCGAAUUUGUCGAUCACAAAUAUGCAGUAACAUGUGUGGCCUUUUCACCGACUGGUAAAUUUUUGGUAUCGGUUGGUUCACAACAUGACAUGAUUGUCAAUGUAUUCGAUUGGAAAUCCAAUCUUAAAAUGGCCUCGAAUAAAAUUAGUUCUAAGGUCUCGGCUGUUAGCUUUGCCGAAGAUGGCAGUUACUUUGUUACCGUGGGUAAUCGUCACGUGAAAUAUUGGUAUUUGGAGGGUGGACGCAAAUAUAAGGACCCUGUCCCCUUGAUGGGUCGCAGUGCCAUAUUGGGUGAUUUGCGUGAUAAUGAUUUUUGUGCCGUUGCCUGUGGCAAGGGCGCAUGUGCCGAAAGUACUUAUGCCAUUACCCGGCAAGGUCAUCUCGUGGAGUUCAGUUCAAGACGUCUGCUCGAGAAAUGGGUACAGUGUCGUACCACCAAUGCCAAUUGUAUCAGCGUGACGGGUCAAUUUAUUUUGGUUGGCUGCGCUGAGGCGAUUAUAAGAAUAUUCAAUGCCAGCACAUUGGAAUAUGUAACCACUUUGCCAAGAACCCAUUAUUUGGGUGUGGAUGUAGCUCAGGGUAUACAUAUCAAUCAUAUUAUGACAGUACCACCGCAGGCCAAAUAUCCAGAUUGUAUUGCCAUGGCGUAUGAUGAGACCAGAUCAAAGGUAACCUGCAUCUACAAUGAUCAUUCCCUUUACAUUUGGGAUAUGCGAGAUAUCAAACGUGUGGGCAAAUCACAUUCCUUCCUCUAUCACUCCACCUGUAUUUGGGGUGUUGAAACUGUGCCAUAUAACAUGGAACGUGAGCUGUCACACACUCUGCCCGAAGAUUCAUUCGUUACCUGUUCAUCCGAUGACACCAUACGUGUCUGGGGUCUGGAGGGUUGUGCCAAUAAUGAAAUCUAUCGCAAAAACAUCUACUCGAAAGAGUUGCUAAAGGUCGUCUACAUCGACGAUGAUCUGAAUUAUAUAAAAGAUUUGGAAAUUGUUGGCGACAAAGGUGGAGCGAACAGCAAUUCCAAUUACGAUGGACGCAAUGGUGUCCGUUGUAUUAAAAUAAGUCCAGAACUAGAGCAUUUAGCCAGUGGUGAUCGUAGUGGCAAUAUACGCAUUUAUAAUUUAAAUAAUUUAAAAUUGAUAACCGCAAUAGAGGCUCAUGAAUCGGAGGUCUUGUGUUUAGAAUAUUCCAAUGAGAAAAUCGAUCGCAAGUUAUUGGCCAGUGCCAGUCGAGAUCGUUUGAUACAUGUGUUCGAUGUGGCCCAAGAUUAUAAGCUGUUGCAAACAUUGGACGACCAUUCGUCGUCAAUAACAUCAAUAAAGUUUGUAGGAGCCGGUCUUAAUUUCCAGAUGAUAUCUUGUGGUGCUGAUAAAUCGAUUAUGUUUAGAACAUUUCAGGGUAAUAUUUUCUUACGUGGUACUCAUACAUCGGGCAAGACAACUCUCUACGACAUGGAAGUGGACUCGAAUGCCAAACAUAUACUCACCGCCUGCCAAGAUCGUAAUAUACGUGUCUAUGGUACCCAAAAUUCCAAGCAUACAAAAACCUUCAAGGGCUCACAUUCCGACGAGGGUAGUCUUAUAAAACUUAGUCUGGAUCCCAGUGGUAUUUACGUGGCCACAUCGUGUACAGAUAAAACAUUGGCCGUUUACGAUUAUUAUUCGAAUGAAUGUAUGGCUCGUAUGUAUGGUCACAGUGAAUUGGUGACCGGGUUGAAAUUUACGAACGAUUGUCGUCACCUUAUAUCGGCCAGUGGUGAUGGUUGUAUCUUUAUUUGGCAAGUUCCACACGAUAUGAUUGUAACCAUGCAGGCGAGGUUAUCACAGCAACGUCUACGUUCGGGUCAUGCACCCAUACCCAGAUCUAUUUCACAAGCUUUAAUAGCCCCCGAAGGCAUUAUUGUGGAGUCACCCACCCCUGAUUUACACGAUGAUCACAAAUUUGCUAUGUCUCCCAAUAUUCUGCAAGGUGAAGUACCCUUAACGCCCGGCUAUAAACUUUCCGAUGUAGGACAAUUGCCACAAUGGGCCAAGAGAAAGGCCGGAGUAUCUGCUCUGGCCAAUGAACCUGAAUCCACGGGAAUGAAUAUUCCCUCAGCUGCAAAUUCAACGUCUAUAAACAAUUUAAGUUCAUCGCCCAGUCAAGCGGGUGGUGUUGUUCCAAGGCCACGUAAUCGAUGGGCCCAGCGUGGACAAAUCGAUGCCGAUACACUAACCGAUAUUCGUUCUAAUUCUGAAAGUCCAUUGGGUAGUGUAUCGACUACAUCGGGCAUUGCUCCGGCCAUGCAUCAUCCAGGUUUUGGCAACACUCAGACAUCGGACUACAACAGUGCUUCGUCCAAGGAUAUUAUGUACAAUCAAACAUAUUUAAGUGAAGAUUCGUCCAUUGAUUCGGGUAUGGAAACCCGAAGGGAGUUGAAAUUUAUCGGCAGCAAUAAUGCUGGUACAGUACCCACCAUUUCUGCCCCUGGAGCAGGGCCAAGCCGAGUUGGAGCAUCAUCAACAUCCGCCACAUUAUCCGUUGAUCGUAAACCGGGUCUGCGAUUCGAUACCAUAUCGAACAAUGAUCAUGACGGUGACAUUGAGGAUAUAUCGGAUGGUGAAAGAACGAGUUCGGAUCAUGGCAUGUUCUAUAACAACAUAUCACCAAGUACACCGACAGAUUUCAAAGUCAAUGCCAUGAAUGAAGAGGAAUUACGAAAAUCGGUACGUCGUCAAAAGUUCGAAAAGGCUGGCCUUACACUUAGUGGCAACGGUUCGCAUACAGCCAGUACCGGAACCGGGACUGGUACCUCUGAUACCGAAGAUGAAGGUUCAACGCCCAGUGCUGAGAAUGCUGAUCGUUCAUUGGCCUCAACCUUGGGUGGCAGUUCGGAGAGUAUACCACAGACAUCGUCCAGUUUUCUACAAGCAGCUUUACCCGACGGACCUGGUAAUUUGCUCGAAAGAGGCAGUACUAAUCGUCGCAGCAUAAGUGCCAAACAUAAUACUGAAAAUGGUAAACCUGGUGUUUCCGCCCCGCCUACCAUAACCAAAUCGUACACCAGUACAAAGAAAGAAGAACUGCUUAAAGUCAUAAAUGAAGCUAAACAAAAGUUGGAAAAUGGUGCACGCAAAAAUGGUGUUAAAAAGUUAACUGCCAUACCAGAGGUUGGCUAUCGGUCACUGCGUGGUAGUCAUAGUAUCUCAGAUUUAAGCUUAGCUGGAAAUUUGGAUGGUUCACGUUCUGGUUUAUCGGCUGCAAAUCGUUAUGCUAAGACGGGUAAUCCCAAGAAUUUAAAUCCAAUGCCUGUCGAUGACUCGUCAUCCUCCAUACGAAGGGCUUGUUCCCUUAGUGAUUUACACAUGGGCAAUAUGGGUAAAGGUGGCAAAUCAACCAGUUCUUCCCAGAAAACGGGUGCUGCUCAUCGCAAUAGCUCAGCAACCCGUUCAGCCAGUAAACGUAAUAGUCUGCAAAUUAAAGGUUCUUCCACUAAUUUAAGUGCAAACGCUUCAAUGGGUGUACUCAAUCAGAGCGAUUCAGAAACUGAAAGUAAUAGCCGAGGCAGAUCAGGUUCAAGUGGACAAAGUCGUACAAAUGGACCCACAGCUGCAAAUCGUUCUUACAAUUCCAAAAAUACGAACGGCAAUAACAACCGUCGCAAGGGAACGCUACAAACUAAUUUUAAUAAUGCACCACCCCAAGAUGAUUCCAGCUCUGAAGAAACCCAGGGCAUCUCUUCCAAUGCUAAACCUAUUGUGCCACCACGUCCUCGUAAUUUAGCUUUUGAUCACAAAAAUAAAAUUAUUAACAGUCCAAAUGUGGUUAAAACGCGAGGUGUAUUAGAAGCUGUCGAAUUUGCCGAUUUAGACAGUAAUGGAGAUCCAAAAUCUCAAGUUCACAAUGUUAUCAACAAAUUAUAUACAACAACACAAACCGUAUUACAAUUGCAUGCAAAUCUCAGAAAUUGUGAGGAUUCUUUGAUGCUAAAAGAAUUGGAGAAUGCUGUGAUUAUGACACAAAAUAUGUUAACAAAUAUAACACAAAAUAAAAAUGAUAAAAAUCAACAACCAAAUCAUGCGUACUCUAGCACAGAGCAGGCGAAUUUAGAAAAUGGCGAUUAUAUGAUGAUGGUGAAUAACUGCGCCGAUUUAUUGAGUAAUUUCCGUAUGAAGCACAAACCCGAUGACUGUGAGAACAACUCCUAGUGUGUAAAUUGAAAACAAAAGUAAUAAUAAAAGUAACAAGAAAAAGAAAAUAGAAGUGAAACUGAACUUAAACUACAAAACUAAAA